UAGGAUUAAAAGAGUAAGGGUAGAAAUUAAAGAGGAAUCAAAGCUCAAUGGGAAGCGAAAGCAAGGAGAAGAAGAGAAGAAGCUCACCUUCUAUUUCAUCAGAUGAAGGAAAAGGCAAAAGGCGGAGGAGUGUGGAAGAUAAGAAAGAGAAGCGGAAGGACAAGAAAUCUCAUAGGCACUCCAAGCACCAUUCUGAUAAAGAAAAGAAGUCUGAGGGGAAGCACAAAGAUAAACGCCACAAACGUGACCGUCACUUGAAACUUGAGAUCCAAGAACUGUCCAAUGAUGACUACUUCUCCAAGAACAAUGAGUUUGCAGCCUGGCUGAAGGAGAAGAGGAAAAUAUAUUUCACAGAUCUUUCAACGGAGUCUGCACGCGAACUUUUUACAGAAUUCGUCAAGGACUGGAACAAGCAGAAGCUUGAAUCCAGGUACUAUGAAGGCAUUGUGACCGGGCCUCGGACGUCCCAUAAAUGGAACAUCAAGCAUUCUGGGUAUCAUGUUUUACAUUCUGCUUUGGGUGAUGUAAUUGCUGCUCGCAAUGUGUUUGAUGGAAUGCCUGAGAGGAGUGUUGUUUCUUGGACUGCUAUGGUAUCUGGGUAUUCCCAAAAUGGGCGUUUUGAAAAGGCUUUUGUGCUGUUUUCAGAUAUGCGGCAUUGUGGUGUUAAGGCGAACCAGUUUACAUAUGGGAGUGCUUUGAGGGCUUGCACUAGUAUGAGGUGUUUGGACAUGGGGAUACAGGUACAAGGGUGUAUUCAGAAGGGAAGGUUUGUUGAGAAUCUGUUUGUGAAGAGUGCAUUGGUUGAUUUUCAUUCCAAGUGUGGGAAGAUGGAGGAUGCAUCCUAUUUGUUUGGGACGAUGAUGGAAAGAGAUGUGGUUUCAUGGAAUGCAAUGAUUGGUGGGUAUGCUGUUCAGGGAUUUGCUGAUGAUUCAUUCUGUAUGUUCCGCUCGAUGCUUAGAGGAGGUCUGGUGCCUGAUUGCUACACCCUGGGUAGUGUUCUGAGAGCCUCAGCUGAAGGUGGUGGUCUCAUUAUAGCCAAUCAAAUACAUGGAAUCAUCACCCAAUUGGGGUAUGGAUCAUAUGAUAUUGUAACUGGAUUGUUGAUCAAUGCAUAUGCAAAAAAUGGAAGUUUGAGAAGUGCCAAAGAUUUACGCAAGGGUAUGCUUAAAAAGGAUCUAUUUUCUUCCACUGCAUUGAUCACUGGAUAUGCACAUGAGGGCAUCUAUAGUGUAGAUGCCUUGGACCUCUUCAAAGAAAUGAAUCAGAUGAACAUAGGAAUGGAUGAUGUUAUAUUAUGCUCCAUGCUUAAUAUAUGUGCCAAUUUAGCAUCAUUCGCUUUGGGUACACAGAUACACGCCUUUGCAUUAAAAUAUCAACCUAGUUAUGAUGUAGCCAUGGGCAAUGCUCUCAUUGAUAUGUAUGCUAAAUCUGGAGAGAUCGAAGAUGCUAAACGAGCUUUUGAUGAGAUGGAAGAGAAAAAUGUGAUUUCUUGGACAUCAUUAAUUCUGGAUAUGCAAAACAUGGGUAUGGGCACAUGGCUCCAUACUGGAUUAACUGAUGAAGGAUGUGAAUGCUUCAAUAAUAUGGUUAACAAAUACAAUAUCAAGCCCAGAGCUGAGCAUUAUUCUUGCAUGGUAGAUCUCUUUGCACGUCAAGGGCUGUUAGAAGAAGCCUAUAAUUUGUUAUGCAAGAUAGAUAUUAAGCAUAAUGCCUCUCUUUGGGGUGCAAUUCUAGGGGCAUCUAGCAUCUAUGGCUAUAUGUCUCUUGGCAAAGAAGCAGCCAGUAAUCUUUUUAAUAUGCAACCCGAGAAUUCUGUCAACUAUGUUGUUCUAGCAAAUUGUGUUCAGCACAACAGAUGCUUCCCAGACACCUUUGUGCUGGAACCAUCUUUCCUGCCCCCUUCUGCUGUCUGGAAAUGGUCUGAUCACCGAUCGGUGCAGCUAAAUGGUAAUCUCACAGCGUCUGUAGAUGAAGUUGGAUCUGCCUUGGGCAUGAGGCAGAUAUUGAAGGUUUUUGAAUUGAUUUCUUGUAAGCCGAAUCAAUGCUCAAUUUUCUUCUAUUUUCCAUACUCAUUACUCACAUAUGACAUGAAAACCAAAACCCACUUCCUAUUCUCGGUUUCAAGAAGUGUUUUCAACACAAUUCCCAAAACCCCAGUUGGAAAAACUAGGCAAUGGGCACCGGUUAGUACAAUUACCACCGCUUCUGCUUUGAUCAAUGAAACACCAGUUGAAAAUUUUGCGGAACAAGUUAAGGAUGAUGACCUCAAAACCUCUAAUGCUGGUUCGAGGAGAUGGGGCUGUUUGGAUGGUGAUAUAGCUAAGGUAUUCUUGCAACAACAACACACAGACUAUGGCAUUCGAUGCCUUAAUGCGGUGAAUUUUCCUCAAAAGGGUUUCUCAGAGAUCACCACCCAGAUGGCUGGAAAAGCAUUGCAUGCAUUUUGCAUAGUGGGUUCAGUCAAUCUCGGCAUUUUUCAAACUAAUACAUUGAUUAAUAUGUACUCAAAGUUCGGUAAUAUUGAGCAUGCUCGUUAUGUGUUUGAUGAAAUGCGUCAUAGAAAUGAGGCUUCUUGGAGCACUAUGUUAUCGGGUUAUGUCCGUGUGGGUUUGUAUGAAGAGGCAGUUGGGUUGUUUUGUCAAAUGUGGGGCCUGGGAGUUGAGCCAAAUGGUUUUAUGGUUGCUAGUUUGAUUACUGCAUGCAGUAGGUCGGGGUAUAUGGCUGAUGAAGGAUUUCAAGUCCAUGGUUUUGUUGUUAAGACUGGUAUUUUAGGUGAUGUGUAUGUGGGAACUGCACUUGUGCAUUUUUAUGGCUCAAUUGCGCUUGUUUAUAAUGCCCAGAAGCUCUUUGAGGAGAUGCCUGAUCAUAAUGUAGUUUCUUGGACCUCAUUAAUGGUUGGGUAUUCAGACAGUGGAAAUCCAGGGGAAGUUUUAAAUGUAUAUCAAAGAAUGAGGCGGGAAGGGGUUAGUGGCAAUCAAAACACAUUUGCAACGGUGACUAGUUCUUGUGGUUUGCUCGAGGAUCAAGUUUUGGGUUAUCAAGUUCUUGGACACAUUAUACAGUAUGGAUUCGAGGAUAGCGUUUCUGUGGCAAACUCUCUCAUAUCGAUGUUCUCUAGUUUUAGUAGUGUGGAAGAAGCCUGCUAUGUCUUUGAUCACAUGAAUGAAUGUGACAUUAUAUCAUGGAAUGCAAUGAUUUCUGCAUAUGCACAUCAUGGACUUUGUAGGGAAUCACUUGGAUGUUUUCAUUGGAUGCGACAUCUACAUAAUGAAACAAAUUCCACUACUCUCUCAAGUUUGUUGUCGGUCUGUAGUUCUGUGGAUAAUCUGAAGUGGGGGAGAGGAAUUCAUGGUUUGGUAGUUAAAUUGGGACUGGACUCAAAUGUUUGUAUAUGCAAUACUCUUCUUACAUUGUAUUCUGAGGCUGGAAGAUCAGAAGAUGCAGAGUUGGUGUUUCAAGCAAUGACGGAAAGGGAUUUAAUCUCAUGGAAUUCCAUGAUGGCUUGCUAUGUUCAGGAUGGAAAGUGCCUAGAUGGACUAAAAAUUUUGGCUGAACUUCUUCAGAUGGGAAAAGUGAUGAACCAUGUGACAUUCGCAAGUGCAUUGGCUGCAUGUUCAAACCCUGAAUGUCUCAUUGAAAGCAAGAUUGUCCAUGCUGCCAUAAUUGUUGCAGGCUUCCAUGAUGAUUUGAUUGUUGGUAAUGCAUUAGUUACCAUGUAUGGUAAACUUGGUAUGAUGAUGGAAGCAAAAAAGGUAUUGCAGACAAUGCCCCAGCCUGACAGGGUUACUUGGAAUGCUCUCAUUGGUGGUCAUGCUGAGAAUGAAGAACCAAAUGAGGCUGUAAAAGCUUAUAAAUUGAUAAGAGAAAAAGGCAUCCCUGCAAAUUACAUUACCAUGGUAAGUGUUCUUGGUGCUUGCUCGGCUCCUGAUGAUCUCCUCAAACAUGGGAUGCCCAUCCAUGCACAUAUAGUUCUGACUGGAUUUGAAUCAGAUGAUUAUGUGAAGAAUUCUCUCAUCACAAUGUAUGCUAAGUGUGGUGAUCUCAAUUCAAGUAAGUACAUCUUUGAUGGAUUAGGUAAUAAGAGCCCUAUCACAUGGAAUGCCAUGGUUGCUGCAAAUGCUCAUCAUGGCUGUGGGGAGGAGGCUCUAAAAAUUUUUGGGGAGAUGCGAAAUGUGGGAGUAAAUUUAGAUCAAUUCAGCUUCUCUGGAGGCCUUGCUGCGACUGCCAACCUGGCUGUAUUGGAGGAAGGUCAACAGCUUCAUGGAUUGGUUAUUAAACUUGGGUUUGAAUCAGAUCUCCAUGUUACCAAUGCAGCAAUGGAUAUGUAUGGUAAGUGUGGGGAAAUGCAUGAUGUGCUGAAAAUGCUUCCCCAACCAAUCAACAGGUCACGAUUAUCAUGGAACAUACUGAUAUCAGCUUUUGCCAGACAUGGGUGUUUUCAGAAAGCUAGAGAGACUUUUCAUGAAAUGCUUAAACUGGGUCCAAAACCUGACCAUGUCACAUUUGUCUCUCUUCUAUCUGCUUGCAAUCAUGGGGGUCUAGUGGAUGAGGGUCUUGCAUAUUAUGAUUCAAUGACUAGGGAGUUUGGGGUCUUUCCAGGAAUAGAGCAUUGUGUAUGCAUAAUUGAUCUUCUUGGACGAUCAGGAAGACUUUCUGAUGCCGAAGGCUUUAUCAAAGAAAUGCCAGUCCCACCAAAUGACCUUGCAUGGCGGAGCUUGUUGGCUGCAUGUAGAAUCCAUGGCAAUUUGGAGCUUGCAAGGAAAACUGCAGAACAUCUUUUGGAAUUGGACCCAUCAGAUGACUCAGCUUAUGUCCUGUAUUCAAAUGUCUGUGCUACUAGUGGGAAAUGGGAGGAUGUGGAGAAUCUCAGGAAACAAAUGGGAUCAAAUAACAUAAAGAAGCAGCCUGCAUGCAGUUGGGUCAAAUUGAAAGACAAAGUUCAUUCAUUUGGGAUGGGAGAAAAGUAUCACCCACAGGCCAGCCAGAUAAGUGCAAAGCUGGGAGAGCUUAUGAAGAUGACCAAAGAAGCAGGUUAUGUCCCUGAUACUAGCUUUGCAUUACAUGAUAUGGAUGAGGAACAAAAGGAGUACAACCUUUGGAACCACAGUGAAAGACUUGCCCUUGCAUUUGGGUUGAUCAAUACGCCAGAAAGUUCAACUCUCAGAAUUUUUAAGAAUCUCCGGGUAUGCGGUGAUUGUCAUUCCGUUUACAAGUUUGUUAGUGGAAUUGUUGGGCGGAAAAUUGUGUUGAGGGAUCCUUAUCGAUUCCAUCAUUUUAGUGGUGGCAAGUGUUCUUGUGGUGACUAUUGGUAAUUAAGCUACUGAUUUGCUUAAAAAUGAGGCUCUGUUAAAAAUUUUCAGUAGUGGCUUCCAAGAUCAAGAUUGGGACCUCAUUGUCAAUUACUGAUAACAAGUUAGAGGACCUUGAGCUGUAAAAAACCAACAAAUCAAGUUUUGAUGGUUAUACUGAAGCCAGUGAUGAUUGUUUUUCAGCUUUUUCUGAGGUAAGAGCAUCCCAAUAAGUGGGAUCCUGCAAAGAGACACAUCCUAUGUGCUUUAUCUUCAAAACAUGAAUGCAAACCAGAAUUUUAGUUUACAUUUUAAACUGAAUUUGUCUUUGUCCAUUAUGAAGUAAAUCUUCUCUAACAGAAUGACGAAGGUACCAAUCUUGCUGCAGACUGAAAAUUAUUAGGAGUAGAGAACAGAUGCUCUUAGCCCUACUGGAUUAAGUGAUGAAUUAUGUGAAUCAUUCAAUUACAAUAACAUGCUCAAAGCUGAGCAUUACUUUUGUAUGAUGCUUGGAAGGCAAGAAAAUUGAUGGAAGAGACAAGUUCAAAGAGGAAUCCUGGCUUUAGCUUUUACCAAUCAACAAAGAUGAGGAUACCUCUACUGCAGGUGAGUUGAAUUGGAAUCCCCCAUCUGUUGGAUGCAGAUUUGAAGUUUUUCAUUGAAUGUGGGUGAAGAGUUUUCAUUGAAGUAUUCUGGAUUUCGGCACAAUCUUCAUCAAACAGAACUGAAGAAAAAGAGUGUCAUAGAAAGAAACUCUUUGGCCUUCCAUUCUCAGAGUGAUCUAUGUAAAAAUUGUUAAAGAUGGAACAUUCUUGUUUCUUCUGGAGUACAAGUGGAAGGAGGUUUAUGGCAUCUUAUGGACAACCAUAGAUCAUGCAGUUAACAUCAAACCAAGAAUACGGGUUUGUCAAGGAAGCAUUUCUCCUACAGGUUCCAUUUAACACAGCCUGGUACUGUCAUUCUCUUUCUGAGCAUGAUUCCCACAGUGCUGUUAAAGAGUAACUUUCCAAACUCUCCCUCUUGAUAAUCCAAUUUCUGUUGCUGUUUCCAUGUGCAGUGAAAUGGCACCAGUUUAUAUUUUCAUAUUCAUGUGGGAUGGUGGCAUGUCUUUACCAUGAGCAGAACUUGCACAGAAUCAGUUGUUAUACUAGGAAGAAAUGUAAUAAGGACCUCAGGGACCAAGCUCCCACUUUUCAGAGGUCUUUCUUGUGCUUAAAAUCGAGCGCUCUCUCAGGUUGAGAAACCUACUAAAAGACAUCUGGGCAGCUGUUGUUAUUUCAUCCAUCUAUACCCAAAUUACUCAUACUCCCUGGAUUUCUUGCUGCUUCAAUCUGCAAACUUCUGAGCUUGUUGCAUAUUACCCUUUUCUUUGUUUUCCCAAUUCCACCCACACAUUCUUCUGGUGCCUGGAGACAUAUGCGCUUCUUCAGGUCGCCUUUCUGCUGGUGCUAUGUCUCCUGCUCCAUUCAGUUGUCUGGAAUUCAGGUGGAUGUUUGAGAAACAAAUCAGCACAUAUUCAUUGUCUGAUCUCUGAUUCUUGCUGCUAAAUGGUACUCCCUAUGAUCUGUUUGAUACAAUUAUAGUUGUACUGUUUUCCGAUGACUAGUAAUCCCAUGUGAUUUUCUUAACAAGUAUGUUGGAAAGUGUUUGUUAGGUUA